AUGGACAUCCUGCACGAGGACAACGCGUUGAUCGCGCUGAACAAACCAGCAGGAAUACCCGUCUUUCCCUCCCCCUCCGCCACAGCGGCCAAGAAGCCAACGGCCACAAGGACAGAUUCAGUAAUCGAACGCGUCAUUGCUCACUAUAAAGCGCUGAGCGACCCUAUGCAGAUUCCGGAGACCCUCAGGAACCUCUCCGCAGCAUACGAGGUGGGGGGCCCCCAGGUCGGGGACCCCGCAGAGCCUGGCUUGGGGGCCCCCAUGGAAAGCCAACAGACGCUGGGAGGGGAUGUCGUUGUGCACCGACUGGAUCAGGGGACUUCUGGUGUCUUGCUGCUAGCUAAGACUGUAGCUGCGGCCUCUUGUUUACGACAACAAUUUAGAGAGAGAAGAAUUAAGAAAAUAUAUUUCGCUGUUACACAAGGGCGGCUAAAAGGCCCAAUGACGGUCACCUCCUACAUAGGGAGGGCCCCCACCGAUCGCCGCAAGAUGCAGAGUGCGCGUCAAAUCUGGGGUGUACAUGGAGCUGCUGCUACUGGUGUUACUUCAGGAAAGCUACGAGGGGCCGUCACUUUAUUUAAACCUCUACUAUGCAACGGGAAGUGGAGUGUUGUGCUGGCGUCCCCCGUAACAGGGAGGACCCAUCAGAUUCGACUGCACCUUCAAAUGCUAAAAACUCCCAUUAUCGGCGACCCUCUAUACGGCGAUACCUCAGCGACUUCUGCAUUUCUCGCGUCCGCAGUCGCCCUUAGAUCAGAACCCCGUGGGGGGUCUUCUGGGGGCCCCGGGGGCCCCCAGAAGGGACCGUGGGUUCAACCGGCUCGCCCCCCAAAGGCUCUAGGGAGGGCACAUAUGCGGCCGCUGCUGCAUGCAGCUGAGAUGUGCUGCAUGCAUCCUACAACAGCCGACAGCCUGCGUGUGAGUGCCCCUCUGCCGCCCGAUAUGCAGGAGGCGAUUGGCGUCGUCGAUCCUCAUUGGCCCGCAGUCCCCGAGCUGACGCCGUUUGCCUGGGGUGUGCAUUAG